UAUCUAUGUGUAGCUGUAAUAGGAAUAAUGUUAUUGUUAUUGAAAAAGAAUAUUGUCACUUAACUUAUUUGAGUUAUGAUUAAAACAAAAUUUUACUAAUAACUGUUGUUUUAUUUAUUGGAAUACCUUAUGAUCGAGAAAAUGCGCCGUCAAGUUAACUCUGACGCUGUUUUUUUUUAAAAGGAUAGUAAUUAAAUUACUUUUCCAUAAGAGUAUAUAAAUUAACCAUCUUUAAAGAAUCUUUGAACACUUUGGCAACAGUGGCAAUACCGGAUCAGAAAAAAAUCAAAAAAUAAACAUAACCCUACUAAUGCGGCACCAGUUUUUGAAUGUGUGUCAAACAUUUGCAAUAAAAUGCAAUUAAUUAUAGAUAUGUGAUAAAAUUAUAAUUAAUUAGUGAUAUUUAUUUCUACUUAAAACAAAAUGUGGAAUUCGAGGCAGAUAUACAGCCUGUACAAUGAAAUUCGCACCAAAGAGAGCAUUCACAGUUUCCCAUUCUACAUAGGAAUAUUGGUGGUACUUAUUUUAACAGGAAUGUUGGGCAUGGUACAGUAUUUCGAUAGUAUUCUACCAACGCCGCUUCUAUUGAAGGACGAGCCCAAUUUUCCUAAUUAUUUUAACGCUGAACGGGCAAGUUGGGAUGUGAAAAAUCUCACCGAUAUAGGCUGCAGAUUAGUGGGCAGCCACGAAAAUGAGGUGGUUACUGUUGAUUAUCUGACUAAAAGAAUCGACACAAUUAUUAACAGUGCCAAUCCUAGUCAACAUGUAGAGUUAAGUACUCAAAUUGUAAGCGGAUCCUAUUUCUUAGGCUAUUCGACUGGGUUUAUCAAUAGCUAUGGGAAUGUUCAAAACAUUAUAGCAAAAAUUCAUGGAAAAGAUGGUGCCAAUGCUAGUGUUUUGGUUAAUUCGCAUUUUGAUUCUGCUCCAACCAGUCCAGGAGGAAGUGAUGAUGGAAUUAACGUAGCUGUAAUGCUUGAAGUUUUGAGCCGAUUUGCUCAAAAUGAAAACCGUCCUUUACAUAAUAUAGUUUUCCUUUUCAAUGGUGCCGAGGAAGUUCCAUUAGAGGCAUCUCACGGAUUCAUCACCAAACAUGAAUGGGCCAAAGAUUGUAAAGUUGUGAUUAAUCUUGACGCUGCAGGAUCAGGUGGCAAAAUCAUUUUAUUUCAAACCGGUCCUGAAACACCAUGGCUGGUAAAAUAUUAUGGUAAAGUACCUCACCCUUAUGGUCAAGCAGCUGGAGAAGAAAUUUUUCAGAGUGGGAUCAUACCUUCUGAUACCGAUUUCAGAGUGUUCCGUGAUGUUGGUGGACUAGUUGGUUUGGACAUGGCAUUUAUAAAAGAUGGUUAUCGCUACCAUACAAGUCAUGAUACAUUUGAAAACAUUCCUCUAGGUUCUUACCAACAUGCCGGUGAUAAUGUCAUAUCUCUAGUAAAAAAUUUAGCUAAUUGUCCAGAACUAUAUGAAAAUGUGCCAUCAGAAGGCACAGUAGUAUAUUAUGAUGUUUUUGGGCUGUUUUUCAUGAAAUACCCAAAACUUUUUGGUUCUAUACUAAAUGUGUAUGCGAUAACAUCAUCACUUAUUGAUUUUGUGUAUACUUUCUUCAGUUUUAAGAUAGGAUUUUCCAAGCAGACAUUAAAAUUUUUAGGGUGUGCUCUAGCAGCAAUUAUAGGCAGUUGGGUUAUUUGCAUCUUAUUUGUAUUUAUCACAGGUGUAGCUUUGGAUCUCUUAGGCAAGUCCAUGAGUUGGUAUGCUAAUCCUUGGCUGGUAUGUGGGCUAUACGCAGUACCUGUAAUUGGUCUUUCUGGGAUUUUAUUAUUCUUAACAAACCAUGAGAAUAUUGCUUUGGGAAUCAGGUGCCAAGUGCAGGCGCACGUUGUUAGACUUAUAUGGACCCUUGUACUGGCAGUGGGUGUUUAUUUCAAUAUCAGAGCCAUGUAUGCAAUUAUGCUACCUGUCUUUUUUAAUUCAGCUGCUUUUUUCUGUAUCCAUUUAUUUAAGCUGGACCAUUCUGUCAAAAAAUGGCAGAUUAUUUAUGUAAUUUUCAACAUAUUUCCUGCAAUGAACGUAAUGUACCAGGGAAUCACCACUCUCUCUUUGUUUAUACCAAUUACUGGCCGCAUGGGUUCAUCUAAAAACCCGGAAUUAAUAAUUGGUUUUAUGGUGUUCUUUUUUACCAUCUUGAUUGUCUCUCCUUUGACGGCAUUCACCAACAGUCUAAGAAAAGCGAAGUACUAUUUCCUAACAUUGGCAACAGUGUUUGUAGUAUGUAUCAUUAUUAUUUUCACACCUUAUGGAUUUCCUUAUAGCGAAAAUGCAACUCAACCCCGACCACAAAGACAGUGGAUUUUGCAUACAUCUAGAGAGUUUUUCAACGAGUCCAAACACCUAAUCAAAAAGGAUUCUGGAUUUUUCUUCCUCAAUUUAGAUCGAAAUUCUCCAAGGAUACUGAGAGAUCAUGUUAAAGAUUUAGGCAGAGCCGUUUCGGUAAAGGAGGAUUGUAAAGUUUACCCUGCUUGUGGAUUGCCGCUCAGUCAUCCCUUGAUGUUGGAAAUAGCAGAUUACAGUACAUGGAUACCAGCAGGUCAGCCAGUCCUGCCAACUGAGCAAGUUAACUUUACUGUUCUAUCUAAAACUAAUUUGUCACCUAAUCUUAUCAGGUACAAUGUGUCAGUAAAAGGUCCUGAUAGACUCACUAUAUACUUAAUCCCCAAACAGGAUGUCAUUUUACAUAACACUAGCUUAGUAGAAACACUCUACACACCUAAGCACACAUUUCAAGAGCGCCCUAUGUAUUUUGUACUCUACCAGUUUGGAAUAGGAGAAAUGGAUUUUAAGUUUGACUUCACUUUUGAAGUACCUGACAAUUGGGACAGUACCACUGCUCUGGAUUUCGUGGUUAUUGGACGGUACGUCCAUGACAGGAAGAUCACUAGGACCCCGCAGUUUCUGAACUUAUUGAGCCAAUUGCCAAAAUGGACUGAUACCAUAUCCUGGCUAGCAUCAUACCAAGCUUAUGUCAUAUAAUGAUUCUUCUUGCCAAACAUAUUCGAUGAACAAAAGGAAAACUGGAACUUGAUGUCAACUGUUAUCUGUACUGGUAUUCAUAUGAUAUACAGUAAAGAAACCAUGUAAUAGAAAUCCAAUUACGAUUACAAAUCCCUUGAUGUUCUGGUGUAAACUAAUAAA